ACUUUUCAUUAUAUAUGGUGUAGCUCUCAUUGGCGUUUUGUCAUCACAUCUGACAAGCAGGUCAUUGCACAAAGAAAUUCCAGCUAAAGAAGAAGGCCUCUGCAUUUCUGAUCGGCAUUUUCUCAAACACCUCUCUUCUGGGUCGCUCCAGCUCCAGGAAUGGAAGAGGAAAGCGUCACUCCUCCGAACGGCGACAACUUGUCUCAAAAGGUGGUGGCGGUGGCCGCCGGCGAAGCACACACUAUGGCUCUCACCGGCGAUGGGUUUGUGUAUUCGUGGGGAAGAGGCAUGUUUGGGCGGCUCGGGACCGGUUCGGAGUCCGACGAGCUCUCCCCGGUUCGAAUCAAGUUCAAUGAUCCUCGCAGUGAAGAAGGAGCGAGGCCCAAAUUUGUGGGAGUUGCCGCCGGUGCUUACCACAGUCUUGCUCUUGCUGAAGAUGGAUCGGCUUGGUGCUGGGGUCACAACAAAUAUGGCCAACUUGGAGUAACUGGAGAAAAUUCUUUGGUGCCCAGCUUGCUGGAGCAGUUUCUUGAGGUGGCCUCUGCAACGGAGAGUGACGUGCCACUAAAGGUUUGUUCUGUUAAAGCUGGAGGGAUGAUGUCCCUAGCAAUUGAUAGCAUUGGCGUCCUCUGGGUGUGGGGAAAUUUCCCACACGAAAGCAGCAGCAAUGAAGGUGAAUUCUCGCUGAUUAGCAGUUGCAACCCAACUCCUGUUUGGGAUUUCUAUGGCCACGUUGUUGUGAAGGUGGCAUGUGGAAAUGAGCAUGUUGUGGCCCUGGUUUCUGCCGGAGAAGCAUAUAAAGGUGAAGAUCUUGUUUGCUUCUCUUGGGGCGGUAACGGCCAUGGCCAGUUAGGCCUGGGGGAUAAAGAGAGCAGGAAUCGUCCCCAAAUAGUAGAACUAUUUGAUCACGACUCCCCCUUCGCAGUUUAUGAGGUAGCAUGUGGUGCUUUUCACACAGCUUUGCUUACCCACAGAAAAAGCCCAAAUGACACAUUGGAAAGCAUGUGUUGGACGUUCGGCCUUGGAGAAAAUGGGCAGCUCGGGCAUGGAACCACCGAAAGUGGAUUGUCUCCUGAACCUGUGAAAGAAUUGCCACAGAAUGUAUAUCUGGUGUCUCUUGACUGUGGCUUAUUUCACACCAGCGUUGUUUCAUCUGCCGGAGAUGUGUGGUCGUGGGGAAUGGAGAAGGGUCUUGGCCUAUGCCGAGAUGCUACUUUUAGCGAGACUGAUUCAGGGGAUGCCGUCUCUCCCCUACAGAUUAACGGAUUGAAUGGAACAAAAUUUCAGGAUCCAAUCCAAGUUGUCUGUGGGGCUGCCCAUACUGUUCUAGUUGCAAAUGAUGGAUUUAAGCUUUGGUCUUGGGGGAGAGGAAGGAGUGGGGUUCUUGGAAAUGGUAAGACGAUUGACUGUUAUUCUCCUGCUGAGGUCUUGUGGCCUCCUCUUGCAGCGGAUUUCAAGCAAGAAGAAUUAAACACUGUUGAUAAGCGAAAACCUAUUGAUGAUGGAGAUAACAGAGGGGAAAGAAAUUUGACAGUAGACGCCGAAGCAGAGAUGUAAGAGAUGAUAAAAGGAAUGUCUCGGUUCUUCUCCGACAAAUCGAGCUGUGUGAUUCCAAAUGGUGAAUACAAAGGCAAUGUACAUAUGUUUGAAGCUGUAAUACAAAUCUCUGUGCAGUUUGUACAGAAACUUUGGAAGUUCGUUUUUCCAAGUUGUUUGCUUGCUAUAUAGAUGUAAAGUGAGAGUUUGAUUCUUUAGAAAUAAAGAGAUUAUAUGCAAUUGAGGAAAUGAUUUGUAAUGUUUGAAUAAAGAGCUUGGGGAUCAUGUA